AGCCAUUUAUUUCCAAAUGCAGAAGAAGCAACUCUCUUCUUGGGGACAUUGGACACUAUCUUUUUGUUUUCCUAUGCUAUGGGUCUCUUUGUCAGUGGCAUAGUUGGAGAUCGCCUGAAUUUACGCUGGGUUUUGUCUUUUGGCAUGUGUUCCUCUGCUCUGGUGGUAUUCUUCUUUGGCACACUGACAGAAUGGUUACAUUUCUACAACAAGUGGUUCUACUGCUGUCUCUGGGUUGUGAAUGGCUUGCUGCAGUCUACUGGCUGGCCCUGUGUGGUUGCUGUCAUGGGCAAUUGGUUUGGAAAAGCUGGGAGAGGUUUUGUGUUUGGACUCUGGAGCGCCUGUGCAUCUGUGGGAAAUAUCCUCGGGGCAUUCCUUGCCUCCUGUGUUCUCAAAUACGGUUAUGAGUAUGCUUUCUUGGUGACUGCCUCAGUACAGUUUGCUGGAGGAGUCAUUGUCUUCUUUGGGCUUGUGACAUCACCAAAGGAAGUGGGCCUCCCUGAGCUUGGAGCAGAUGAAGACGACAGUGUGGAGGAAGAUGCCAACAGACCUUUAAUGGGCAAUGACGAUGCAGAUGAUGAUGACCGGAAUUACUCUAUUCAAGCAACUGAUACUGACAACCAGCCAAAGGCCAUUGGCUUUUUCCAGGCUUGUUGCCUUCCGGGUGUAGUACUGUACUCUUUGGCCUAUGCCUGCUUGAAACUGGUGAAUUACUCAUUCUUCUUCUGGCUGCCCUUCUACCUCAGCAACAACUUUGGAUGGAAAGAAGCAGAAGCUGACCAGCUGUCCAUCUGGUAUGAUGUGGGAGGAAUCAUAGGUGGGACUAUCCAGGGCUUGAUUUCUGAUGUGCUACAGAAGAGAGCCCCAGUGCUAGCAAUUAGCCUGCUCUUUGCUGUAGGCUCUCUUUUUGGAUACAGCCGUUCUCCAAACAGCAAACCUAUCAAUGCUGUGAUCAUGGCAAUUACAGGAUUUUUCAUUGGAGGCCCUUCUAACAUGAUCAGUUCUGCAAUUUCUGCUGACCUGGGGCGCCAGGAUCUGGUGAAAGGCAACAGCGAGGCUCUGGCAACAGUCACGGGAAUUGUUGAUGGAACUGGCAGUAUUGGUGCCGCAGUGGGCCAGUAUCUAGUGUCUUUGAUCCAGGAGAACCUGGGAUGGAUGUGGGUUUUCUAUUUCUUUAUUCUCAUGACGAGUUCAACAAUCCUGUUCAUUUCACCAUUAAUAGUGAGGGAGAUCAGAUUGCUUCUGCAUGAAUGGCGUCUGUGAAUGCUGGCUGAGUGACUUCUCCUUGCCUCUGGAAGGACUGUUGUAUGGAUCUGACAGCUGGGACACUAAUCAAAACUCUGGGAGACUUGUUUCUUACAUCUUCCGGGAUUGGACUAAUUCC